AUGUCUUUCCAGGACGCUGCAGCUGCUUCGUUCCAGGAGAAGCAGCCAACAGAGAAUGGAGACGUUCUGUCGCCUGAUGCCCUCAAGCAAGCGGCGGACAAGAGAACCUCUGUGGUCUCGAAGGAAGGAACGAUCGUCAAUGCCUCCGGCCAUCGAGACCAGCUUCAACGACAGUAUGGUCUGUGGUCCAUCUGUGGAUUAGCUCUCACCAUUGACAAUGCUUGGGUGGCAUUCGGGGGUAGUUUGGCAGUCGCAGUCUUGAACGGAGGUCCACCUGGAAUUUUAUAUGAGUUCAUCACCGCCUGCGUUUACUACGCCUUCGUGGGCGCAAGCAUUGCUGAGCUCGCCUCGUCGGUGCCUUCAUCUGGAGGCGUAUAUCACUGGGCAUCCAUCACUCCUGGCCCGCGAUACGGAAGAGUCAUCGGGUUCUUCUGCGGAUCGCUCAACUUCUUUGGCUGGAUAUUCGACCUCGCCUCUAUUGUCUCGAUCCCGGCGAACAUACUCGUGCAGAUGUAUGCUGUCUUUCACCCGGGGUUCGCCAUUGAGCCAUGGCAUCAGUAUGUGGCCUUCGUGCUGGUUACCUGGUUGUGUACCGCGUUCGUUAUUUUCUGCAACCGAUUGAUCCCACACCUGCAGCACGCUGGAUUGUUCCUGAUUGUGGUUGGCGGUCUGGUGACGAUCAUCGUCGUUGCUGCGAUGCCGGAGCAGCAUGCCACGAACGCCUUCGUCUGGAAGGACUUCGAGAAUCAAACGGGAUGGUCGAAUGGCGUCGCCUUCCUGACCGGAGUUCUCAACGGCGCCUUUACUAUUGGUACGCCGGACGCAGUGACGCACUUAGCAGAAGAGCUACCCAGACCUUCCGUCGACCUACCCAAAGCUGUGUUCGCCCAGGUUGGACUCGGAUUCAUCACGGCCUUCCUCUAUGCCAUUGCCAUCCUCUACGGUAUCAGCGAUCUAAAAGAGGUGACUAAUAGUGAUGGAUCUUUCCCAUUGGCGACCGUCUACAUGCAGGCGACGCAGAGCCAAGGAGCGACAUUCGGACUCCUCUUCAUCCUCUUCCUGUCCGUCAUCAUCUGUGCAAUUGGAACAAUAUUGAUGGUUGGGCGGCUCUGGUGGGUCCUGGCUCGAGACAACGCGACGCCCUUCUCUGGAUUUUUCUCGCAGGUCAACGAGAAACUCUCCUGCCCCGUGCCUUCGACGAUACUAUGCGCUACCCUGUGCACCGCCUUUGGCGCAAUUCAGCUCGGCAGUGCAACGGCAUUCACCGAUCUAGUGGGCAGCUUCAUCAUCCUGACCACCAUGAGCUAUUUCCUGGCGUUCUUCCCCCACCUACUCACAAACCGCCAGAACGUCCCGGCUGGACCAUUCUGGAUGGGGAAGUACGGCUACGCUGUAAAUGCGAUCGCCUGCACGCUGAUCCUCUUUUUCAACGUCUUCUUCUGCUUUCCAUACGCCUAUCCGGUGGAGCCACUGGGAGUUAUGAACUGGAACAGUGUGAUCUUGGUGGGAGUUGUUGUUCUGACUGUCGUCUGGUGGUUUGUUCAUGGGCUUCGAAAAUAUCCUGGACCCAAAGCGGCGAGCCUCUAUGUAUGA